GGAAACCCCGUUGCUCCCUUUCCCCUGGCUGGCAGCGCGGAGGCCGCACGAUGCCUGGAGUUACUGUAAAAGACGUGAACCAGCAGGAGUUCGUCAGAGCUCUGGCAGCUUUUCUCAAAAAGUCCGGGAAGCUGAAGGUUCCUGAAUGGGUAGACACCGUCAAGCUGGCCAAGCAUAAGGAGCUGGCGCCCUACGAUGAGAAUUGGUUCUACACGCGAGCUGCCUCCACAGCGCGGCACCUGUACCUUCGGGGUGGUGCAGGGGUCGGCUCCAUGACCAAGAUCUACGGUGGGCGACAGCGGAACGGCGUCAUGCCCAGCCACUUCAGCAGAGGCUCCAAGAGCGUGGCACGGCGGGUGCUGCAGGCUCUGGAGGGGCUGAAGAUGGUGGAGAAGGACCAAGAUGGCGGCCGCAAGCUGACACCUCAGGGACAGAGAGACCUGGACAGAAUCGCCGGACAGGUGGCUGCUGCCAACAAGAAGCAUUAGAGCUGAAAGCUGCUGGAUAUACUAAUAAAGCGCCUCAUUCGUAA